CUGCUGCCGAAGCAGGCCAUCCACCAAGAUGGCCUUGCCGGCAGGACUAGGGAGGACCAAUCUUCGGCUUGGAGUCACCAUGCUGAAGCUAGCUCUGGUACUCUCCAUAAGCACCAGCUGGAUCAGUCCGGUCCUUGCCAGUUUCAUCCGGUUCAAACCGGACACCGAGUACGUCUACACCUUCCAUUCCUCCACGGAACUGAAGAUGGUUCGGACGCUGCAGGCCGAGUCUAAGAUUGGCUUCGUGUUGGUGAAAAGUUCCAACAGUAGCAACGAGCUUCAGGAGAUUUACCUCCGGGUUCACUCGGUGGUCGUAACCAGCCAGGAGGAACGAGUUCAUCUAAGCGAGGAGAGAGAUUUCACUGACUGGUUUUCAUUUGACAUCAGCGAGAAUGGAGCGAUUGGCCAGAUAUAUUUCCCACGUGACCAGGAUGAUCACGUGAUAGGUGUCAAGAAAGGUCUGGUCAGCCUGUUGGCAGCUAACCUGCAACAUCCUCCACAAGACAAGGUGUUGGGAAGCGACUGGAGCUACGACUGCAAUGAGACAGGUCAUGAGGGUCAGCACGAGUCGUCCUACACGGCUCAGAUGGCUCCUGGCAACGAUGGCAUCAUUGUCUUCACCAAAACUAGACGGACUCAUCCAAUACCUUACGGCAAAUCCAAACACCAAAAGGAGAUUCACUAUCACCCAGCUAUGCAGCUCCCAUCCAUGGUGAAGAUACUCGACCACUUUGAUGCUCCGAAAGAAUCAGCACCAGGAUUUCAGCAUCGGCAUUAUGGGGAGGAACAAGCAGGAGAUGAUAUUGAGUUUCCUGAGAUGCAGACUGUUUCUGAAGGACAGCUGACCUUUGUUGGAGAGUUCUACUACCAGUCACCUACUGGACCACCUGAUGACGAGGAUAUUGUCACUGACUCCAUUCACUUUAGGAAGCCGCAAGAUGGCCAUCUGAACUUUGAUAUGACAUCCUUGAAGGAAGAGAUUGCUGGCAACUUGACAUGCAUGAGGACAGCACCUAUGAAAGGAUCCCAUGAACAGACCCAUUGUUUUCAGAAGCUAGUUCAAACUUUACACUCGGUGCCUGACGCUCAGAAACUGGCAGAGAUUGUGUCUCCAAUGUACCAGCUGCCACUGUCCAGACGUGUUCGUGACAAGCAGGACAGGCUGAACAUGCUGGAUGCAGUUGCUGAGAUGCACACUGAUGCCUCCCAGUCACUCCUUACUGAUCUCAUCCUCCUGUCUCCAAAACCAAACAAGGAGCUGGUAGAGAGACUACUCAUUGCCUCUGCUGGCUUCACAUACACAAUUUCAGAGCAUUACCUAGAGACUGUAGAAGACAUCGCCUUUCAUCCUCAAACAUUCCCUGAAUCCCUAAAAGACCCCGAGAUACAGAGGGUUGCUGUGCUGGUACUCGGUGCCUUGGCUGGUCACCGAUGGAAGGCUGGAUACAAAUCUCAAGCGGAGCUCAUUGUCCGCAAGAUUGAGAAUAAACUUGGUGUGCACGAUCCCUGGGCCUAUGAGAAGACCUUGACGUCUCUGACUGAGGAUGAACGAGAGGAGUUUCACCACGACACGGUGGCAUUGAUUGAAGCUCUGGGCAAUGCUGGGCUGCAUCGCUCCUUCCCUCACAUCCAGAGCUAUACCAACCACAGCGCUACUCAUCCACUGCUGAAAAGGGCUGGCUUACACUCCAUGAGAGACUACCAUCAUGACACGGCAGCGGGGAUUCUGCUGAAGUCAGCCUUAGAUGAAGAUGAGAAUGAGCAUGUCAGAUAUGAGGCAUCCUUGCUUUACAAGAAUCACCCGAUGGGCGGUGACCAAAAUAUCUCCAAGUUUGUCACCCCAGAAGAAUAUUCUGCCGUCAACUCCUCCCAAGACGUAGCAACCACUGCAGUGAGUGUGCCCUCUAGACAUCGCGUGAGGCGAGGAUUCUGGGAAGGAAUUGAAUUCAAGUUGGCCAGUCCCUCCAUCCACUGGAAAAAGCUCAUUGGCAGCACAAAGACCGGGGCUGAGUUUGGCUUGACCAUUAGGAAUGAACUUGACUUGAAGAUUUCUCCAUUGAGUGGUCACCUGCGUGUGGAUCUAUUAGACGAGGCUUAUGCCACAGUUGUCGUUGGGCUUGUUGGGUUUUCAUUGGACAUUGCCCGGGCCCGAUUCUGCUUCAAUGGCUUCAUUGAUUAUAACCUCAACAUACUGCAGGAGUUUGGCGUGGAGCGCAUCAGUGACUUUGUCAAAGCAUACGAUCUCAUCGUUGGGCAAGUAAUUGGAAACAUCCGCAGGGCAGUGGACAUUGUUGUUGGUCUCUUCAACGGUGACAUAAGCAUCUCUCAGCUAUUUGACGACUUUGUUCAAGCUCUGGAGAACAUCCCCAGUAACAUUACUAACGUGAGAUCUGUGGCUACCAAGGCUGUGUCCAGACUGUCUCAGUUUGAUCCUGAUCAGCUACCACCGUCCUUCAGAGGUGUCAUUAAUGUGGUCAACAAGGCUACUCAGUUAUUCAGUGAUAUCAAGACAGAUGUCAUGGAAUUCUACCAGGCCGUCAAUGAAGCAAUCACAGUCACCUUGCCCUGGGCAGCAGAGCAGAUCUGGAAGUCUAUUACCACAAUUGGAGAUGCCAUUGCAAAUCUACUCAAGUCACCACUGAAAACCAUCGGAGACAUCUUUAAAGGAGUCCUCAACAUCAAGACUGCAAUUACUGAAAUCAUCAAUGCCAAGAAAGAGGUGGAGAAAGCCAACUUUUUCAAGGAAGGUCAGAGACCCUACUGGUUUGAUCUGCCCAAGGUCAUCGGUGAGAUGCUGAAAGAAUUAAAGGAACAUCUCGGCAACAUCAGACGAGAUCUUAGAGUUUGGGUGGAUGAGAUUGUGGGUUCCUCAGAUUCCGUCAAGAAGCUGACAGGGGGAGCAGUAGAUUCGCGCACAUUGAGGAGGCGAGUCCAAGAUGAGAUUGAGUCCAUCUUCCAAGAUUUGAUGGAACCCAUUCAGCCCAUCGUGGAUCUCCUACAACCAUUCUUUGAGCUGUAUGACCUUGUGUUCAGUACUGUUGAUGCUGUCAAAGAAGCCUAUCAGACUCUGAAGGAAGGAUACCAAAAGUCUCAAGCUCUUGUCAUGAAACUGUUUGGACCUAAGGCCCACGAGAGAUUUCCUAGGAAAUACCGAGAACCUGGCUCAGGGGAGUGUGCAUCAGGAGGUUUCUACCCGACUGACUCGGCUGGAUAUUAUGAGGAUCAAGGUGUAGAUCUGGAGAUUUCAGCAGGAACAAAGUUGGUGGCACCAUUUUCAGGCGUCCUAUUCAAGAGUGCUGGUAAACCCAACCAGGUUACUCUGGUAGCUGGUGGUGGGGCCUUCCGAAACAUCAAGAUCUUCAUUGACAACAUCGAGCCCAAUCGCACCAUCUCUGAAACUGAGGGAGUGAAUGUGAUAGCUGGUACCGUCAUGGGUACAGUCGGCAGGUCUACAACCUGCACACCACCCAACUACAUACACCUGUCCAUGAAGAACUCUAAACCUAACCGCCUGGCAGCCAUUCUAGACAUCGCCCUAGAUGACGAUCCUUCAGCUUCUGAUGAAGCUGCUAAGGAGGGCUAUGUGGACCCUAGUAACUACCUUGCCAAGAGGCCCCUGGCACUACCAAAAUGGACUCAAGUCUGUGAUGAUUACAAGCUGGUAUGGAAGGGAGAGACAGUGAAGGAAGGUACUUUGCUCGGACGCGAUAAUAAGGACGGAGAGACGAAGGACACCAGCCCAAAGCGCCAACCUCCCCCUGACACAACCACCGAUAGACCUGACCCUAGCAAGAGACCACCACAGCAAACAUCUUCUCUUAAUCAAGCAAUAUCACCAGGCAACAAACAACAGACCCAGGAAACACUUGGCCUUCCAGAGCCAAAAAUAGGCUCAGGUUCUCCUUUCAAGAACUUCUCUCUGAGGAACUUGAAGAUUGGCUCCAUUCUGGCAUUUGCCCGUAAGAUUGGACUGGAGAAAACAGCAGAUGACUUACUGACAGUUGUCAAGACGAUUGUUAAACUAGUGAGUGACAAGCCGUGCAUUCUACCGGAGUCUUUGUCCAAUGACAUGUUGAGGAUUGAGCUCCAGCAGCGCGGUCUCAGUUCACAGGGUGACAGGAAGACUCUACUCCAGCGAUACAAACAACCCGAAGAUCGCUGCCCCCUGCUACAAGUCUCCCUACCCAAGAAUGUCUACUGUAAGAUAGAUGAAAGCUGCCUGGGCGUGGAGUGCUGUAUGAACGUCAAACUCUUCAUGGUAUCUCUGGCCUUCAAGGCAUUCAUGCGCUUUGAUCCUUGCGAGUUUCAGUUUGUACUCGGUGUCAACUCUUGGAACUACACCAUUCAGAUCCUGGAUGCCGAAUUUGGCAAAGAAUGGGACGUGCCAGUGCCCUUUGACAUUCCAUUUUUGGAUGAUAUGGAGCUGCAUCUUAGGUACGGCAUUGAGAAGAGCAGGACUCAGCUACUGGUCAGCAUGUCCGUUGGUUUCUGCCCAGCGACUGGUGAUGCAGAUUGUUUGCCAUUUAUCAAGGUGUUGAAGGAUUCUGCUAUUCCUUUACCUAUCUGUCAUCCCAAUGGAACCAUCACAUGGCCAGACAUUGACCUGGAGGAGUAUUUCUCCCGCGCUGCCUUGAAGAAUCUACUCAAGGAGACGGGUGAGGAGCUACUGAAGGCAGGCACUGAGGCUGCAUUGAAGUUUGUCCUGGAAGAGCUGGGCAUACCAAAGGAAUUAUUGGAUGGUAAAGAGCCAUGCCCAACGCCCACCAGUUUGAGUAAGAUGCAGCUGAUAGCCACACUGGAGGAGAGGCAACUUGCAACCAAUGGAACGAGGAUGGAGAUGGAAGCCAGGCUAUCGCAGGAUGAUAGAAUGUGUCGGUUCUUCACAUUGCCGGCGUUCUCCCCAGAGCUGGCAAAAGUGGCCUACUGCUCCCUGACUGAGAACUGCCUCCGUCUGGACUGCUGUCUGGAGCUCAACAUAGAGGACCUGAAAUUCCGCCGCUCGUUCAAGGCCUUUGUGGAAGUAGAUGCCUGUGAUUUCACAUUCUACGUCGCCUUUCAGCACUUGCAGUACAAGAAGUUGCUGCUGAGCUAUGAAUGGGGACAACCAGAACAGCAAACCAUAGGUCCCAUCGCCCUGAAAUACUCCAUCAACAAACUGGACGCGGAGAAGGUGUUUGAGAUUGACUUUGGAGCAUCUAUCUGCAAGAGUGCCGAUGAUUGCGUCUUUAAUGUGGACAUCAUCCAGGACUACAGAGUUCCCAUUCCAUUCUGCAAUUCCAACUUCUCAUUCUCCCUUCCAGGAGGAAACACCUUGAGGGAGUUUGUGAAUCAAGUCGGCCGGAGUGCUGGGCAGCAAGCUGUCAAUAUUCUCCUGGAGUUCAUUGGGCUCAGAGAUAAGAUUAAUGAUGGACCAUGUGACACCACAGCACUGAUAAGACCUGAUGAAGAAGUAUGCACUGAAGUGAGCCUACCACCACUACCCAGUGGAGUGACUUGUGCGUUCUCAGACCGCUGCCUUGGCAUACGAUGCUGCACUGAACUGGAUCUAGAAAUCACUGUAUUAUCAGUCAACAUGUGGCUGAUUCUAGACCCCUGUGAGUUCACGCUGUCCAUGGGAUUGGGAAAGUGGUCCUUGACAUUCACCAUAUUUGACUACCAUUGGGGUACCCAGGAAGAGCUGAAGAUUGGCAAAGCCUUGACUCUUAUCUACACCAUUGAUAAGCUGACUGAGGACAAGGUGUUUGUAUUGGACCUAGCACUGUCCCUGUGCCUCCCAGACUCAGACUGUAACACGCCCUCUAUUGAUAUUCUCAAGAAAACCCGGGUGCCCAUACCACUCUGCAAUGAGAAUUUCACAUUCGCACUUCCAGGGGAUGGGACUAUUAAAGGCUUCUUGCAGAUGCUUGGGCAGAACGCUGCUGAAUCAGCAAUUGAUGCUAUUCUGGAACACCUAGGGCUAUCUGAAUUCAUCAGUCGCAUGCCAUGUGUCCGUCCACAAGUCACCCAAAAUGGUUGGCACAGAAUUUGCCCCAGGGAUGUCAGACUUUCCCACCUUCCGAGAAACCUGAUCUGCACCCUCCCAGAGAAGUGUCUAGGGUUCGAUUGCUGUCUACAGCUUCCCAUCCCAGGGAUCAGUCCCAUCAGCACCCAGGUCUCCUUCAUCUUUGAUCCUUGUAACUAUCAGCUGUCAGUCAGUCUAGGCAGCUGGAGUCUGGAUCUGCAAAUCUUGUCCUAUCAGUGGGGUCAGCAGAAAGAGGUCGACAUUGGCAAGGCAGUAACUAUAAGUCUGACCAUUGACAAGUUAGAUACAGAGGAAUCCUUCCAGAUCAACUUGGACAUCUCCAUCUGCAUCGACGCUGAGUGUACAACCACACCAGUCCUUCAGGAUUCCCUGGUCCCUAUCCCAUUCUGUAAUCUCAAUGCUUCCUUUGAGCUGCCUGGCGAUGGCAGCUUUGCAGGUCUUGCCCGGAAUCUCUCAGGGAACGUAGGGGAGUUGGCCAUCCAGGCUGGUCUCCGAAAACUUGGAAUCCAGAGAUAUGUUAGCAACCAGCAAUGUGACAUGGAGAUACUUGCACCAAGUGAAAACAAAUGUCCGCUGUUAAGGCUGCCACCUCCAUCCAGCCUGUUGACGUGUAUAGUGGAUGACCGCUGCCUGGGCCUGACAUGCUGUGCCUCCCUUGACCUGGUCUUCACUCAGCUGUCCACCACCGCUUACGCCCUCCUAGACCCCUGUGAAGUCCAGCUGUCUGUCGGGCUGGGGUCCUGGUCUAAGAAUCUGACGCUCUUUGAAUAUGACUGGGGAGUGGGUAAAGUGCUGGAUAUCAGUGACUCUGUGCGCAUAGAAUAUAAUGUUGACAGGCUCAGUGAGCAGAAGGAGUUCCUGAUUGACCUGUCAGUAACCCUGUGCAUAGACGGCACCUGUCGACCCAUCCACCUGCUGCAGGCAGCUCAUGUACCCAUACCAAUCUGCAAUCCCAAUGCCACCUUCACCCUGCCUGGGGAUGGUACCAUCUCUGGCUACCUGGAUAGCUUGGCGGGCCACGUCACUGAUGCAGCUGUAGACCUGGUACUGGACAAAUUGGGUCUGAAGAACUUCCUGUCCAGAGACACCUGUUCUCUUCCUCCAGCACUCCCGGUUGGUAGUGACAGUUGCCCUGUGCAGAUUCCUGACAGCCUUCCCAACUUGUCCUGUCACAUCAGCAGCCGUUGCACAAGUCUCCACUGCUGUCUGAAUCUAGACUUGAAGGUGACCCAGAUCAGCUCCAAGGCCUGGUUGAUCAUCGACCCCUGUGACUAUACGCUGUCUGUUGGGCUAGAGCUGUGGUUCUUCAAUGUCUCGCUGUUUUCUUAUGAGUGGGGAAUGAUGGAAAGUUUCAUGAUUGGAGAUGCACUGAACGUCAGGUUUUCCAUUGACAAACUUGAUGCCACCAAGGAGUAUGAAGUGGAUCUGGCCUUCUCUCUCCUCAUUGAUGGCAUCACUACAGACUUCCCCAUCAUGGCUGACCAGAGAAUCCCAAUACCUCUGUGUAAUGCCAACUUCUCCCUGGCGUUGCCUGGGGAUGGCUCAGUCAAAGGUUUCCUGAAGGAGCUGGGAGACAAUGUGGGACAGGCAGCUAUCCAGCUGGUACUGACAAAACUCAACCUACAGGAUAUGAUCAUUGGAACACCAUGCCAGUUGCCUUCAGAGAUGACGACAGGCACCCACUGCCCGAUGAUCUCCCUACCCUUUUUGGAGAAUGUCAUCCAAUGCUCCAUCGACGAUCGCUGCCUCGGCAUCCAGUGCUGCAUCCAUCUUGACUUUGUCAUCACUGAACUCAUGCUGAGUGCAAGGAUCCAAGUCGACCCUUGCAACUUCCAGCUGUAUGUGGCCUUUGAGAACUGGGAACUGAACAUCACUCUCUUCAGCUACACCUGGGGAAAGGUGGAAACUGUAAACAUUGGAAAUGCUGUAAUGUUGAGCUAUUCCAUUGAGAAGCUGACAGCCAAGAAAGUCUUCUCUGUGACUUUGAGUCUCACGUUGUGCAUUGAUGACACCUGCACCAUGAACCCAAUACUUGACCACGUCUGGGUUCCUAUACCCCUGUGUAACACUAAUGCUACAUCAUUCACCUUGCCUGGUGAUGGCACAGUGGAGGGAUUCAUACGAGAGCUAGGCGGUCGCAUCGGAAACUCUGCCAUUGACCUGGUGCUGGAGAAGUUUGGCCUGAGUCAAUAUCUGCAGAGUGUGCCUUGUGACAGGGGAACACCAGGCACUUUGAGGAGUGGCUGUCCAGCCGUUGAUGUCACCCAGCUGCCUGACUUCCUUUCUUGCACUGUCACUGACUCGUGCCUGGGCAUCAGAUGCUGUCUGGAGAUGGACUUGAAGAUAACGACUCGCAGCGUCAGUGCCUGGGUCAUCCUGGAUCCCUGCAACUUCACCCUGUCUGUGGGCUUUGAGAAGUGGGAACGUAGUGUCACCUUGUUCCACUACCCACUGGGUGAUGUCAUGGAGGAAGUUGUGAAUAGUGUCCUGACUGUAAGAUGGCGAGUGGCUAAGAUCACCGAAGACAAGCAGUUUGAGAUAGACUUGUCCCUAGUCCUCUGUGUAGAUGGAGCAUGUGACACCUUGACAGUGUUUGCUGGCAGUCGUCUGCCCAUACCGCUGUGUAACACCGAAGAUGCAUUCACUCUGCCUGGUGAUGGCUCAGUGUCAGGCUUUGUGAGUUACCUUGGUGGUAAUGUUGGUCAGUUUGCCAUAGAUGCAGCCCUGCGUCAUCUUAAUCUGACUGGCUUUCUGACAGGAAACGCAUGCAGCUUUGACACACAGGAUGUCUGUGCCAGCUCCACUAGUAUCCUAGGCAACUGCACUGUGAUUGGUGAGACCUGUACAGAGCUCCGAUGCUGCCUGGAACUGGACCUGAAGAUAGCUGAAGUUUCCGCCACGGCAUCAUUCAAGUUUGAUCCCUGUGACUUCACCUUCAAAUUGGGUCUGGAGAAGUGGUCCUUCCAUGGCUCUGUCUUUAGCUAUCAGUGGGGAGAAGAGAUGACUGUCGCAAUUGCUUCAGGAAUGAAUCUGAGAUACUCUAUCAACAAGCCGAAUGAUACUCAAGAGUUCAAGUUGGGCAUCAAGCUUGAUUAUUGCAUUGAUGGGUUGUGCAGUAAGAACGACAUAACGCGUGACAUCCCAAUCCCUGUAUGCAACCCACUCUUCAGCAGUUACAGUCUAUCCGUGGACGGCUUCAUAGAGACAGUAUCAGGACAGGUCAUCCAGGGAGCAUCGCUAGCCCUUCUAUCACAGCUUGGAAUCGACCCAGACUUCUUCAGCAGUCAACCGUGUCUCAACCCCAUGGGGCCUCAGUCUUAUGGCAAUUGUCCCAGCAUGCAGUUUCCCAGUAACAUGACCUCUCUGGCUCACUGUGUUAUCCUCGACACUUGCUUUGGCAUACAAUGCUGCCUGGAAGUGAACCUUGGACCGUUACAUCAUUCAUUCAGUACCUCUAUGGUGAUAGAUCCAUGCCUGGGCCAGCUGACGCUGCAGUUUGGCAACUGGCAGUACAGUAAAUCCCUCUCACACCUGGAUUUUGAUACAAGUCAGGAGAUCACUAUUGGAAACUUUGUUAUGCUCAGGUACACCUUGGAGCUCAUGGAUGGUGAGAUAUCAAUGAGUCUGUCCAUAGAUGCAUGCAUCGAUGGUCAAUGUACAGGACAACUCAUGAUCUUAGAUACUGCAGUAUCCCCUCUUCCUAUGUGCUUCCCCAACGGAACCAUAUCCUGGAAUAAUCUACCAGGUAUAACCUCCAUCUCUCAGCUGGGAAGCCUGGAUGCUGGAUUUGAGGCUGUGGCUCAGGCUCUUGGCUUACCAUCUCGUCUAGUCUCGGCCACACCUUGCCCACCUGUGAUCCAGCCUAGUCAGUCUGGAGUGUGUCCACACCUCCCCUCGCUGCCCACACUUCCAUCAGGAGGUGUAUGUCACUAUUCAGAUGCCUGCCUAGGGGUGGAGUGUUGUCUAGCAGUAGACCUCGGCAUCAUCAGUCGCACCCUGAGGGCUUGGCUGAUUGUAGACCCCUGUGAUUUCAAACUGAGUGUUGGAUUUGAGAACUGGAGUUACAAUGUCACCCUUUUAAGUUACAAGUGGGGCAAAGUGACAAGGGAAAGACUGAGUGAUGCGGUCUUGCUCACCUUCACCAUCGACAAGACCACAGACAACCGUAACUUCCUCCUCUCCUUCUCCCUGCAACUCUGCAUCGCUGGAGGCUGUGCUCCUGACAUUGUCAUCCUUCAGGACUUCACAGCACCAAUACCAUUCUGUAACCCAAACGGAACUUUGGAGUGGGCUCAAGACUUGGGUGAUAUCGGAGAUUAUGCUAGUAGCCUUGUGGUGAACCGUCUGAGUGUCAGCGCUGAUGUUCUCCUACCUCAACCAUGCAGCGGUCCACCAGAGCAAAUCACACCAGCAACCACAGGCUGCAGUUCACUUGCUGUACCAUCAGCUGUUGCACCAUUCUGUUCCCUGGAUCAGUCAUGUCUUGGGGUUGGUUGUUGCUUGAACUUUGACCUGGGCAUAGUUCAGAGGUCAUUUUCUGUCUGGGUCAAGCUGGAUCCCUGUGCUCGCACUUUCUCAUUUGGAUUUGAGAAAUGGAGUCAUGUUGAGACGAUUGACAUACAACUACUGCAGACUCAUUCCUUUGAGAAAAACCUGGGAGUUCUGAAGAUCAGGUAUGAUGUAGAGCGCCCCCACAAUACUGUCUAUGACGUGGAUCUAGACAUCAGCUUGUGCUGGCAGGGUGCGUGUGAUGAACCCAUCGUCAUUCUCAGAGAUGCAAUGUUCUCAGGAUCUCAUUGUGCUGAUCAAGGAGGAGGCAGCAGCACAAGGAGAAAGAGAAGAAGUGUGGACGACCUUGAGUCUGCUGAGGAACUGGACAGCACAGAAGACCUGACAGCUAAUCCUAUAGACAAGGCCAGGGCCUACUUUAAGACCAUUCUUAGUGGAGGCUCCACCUCGUAUUCAGCAGAGGACAAUGCCAUGACUAAGCUGCAGCCGGAGAAAGCUGUCAAGCCCAGGAUUGCUGAAUCAGGUACAGCAAGCCGUCGCUCCAUGGGUCUUUUCAUCUUUGGUGAUGAAGAUGAAACUCCAGUUACCAGGAGAAGGAGAAGGGACCUGUCACUCUCAGUGACUACAGGGGGAGCUAGCUUGUUUGACCUUAGUCUUAGUCCUGGCGCUGACUCGGGCACAUGGCAGGGCGAUGUCAUCAUUGGUGGAGGAUUAACACAGAAAGGUUUGGAUGCUCUUGGCCGACGUAUUGCCAACAUGACCAUAGGGGAGUUAGAAGCAAUGCUGGAUCUUCAGAAUAUCGACCCAUUCACUGUGGUUCAGUUGAUGAAGGACCUACGUGCUCUCUUUAGGACCUUUAUUGAGGAGUUCAUUGAUGUCAUCAUCAAUGGCAAGGCAGAUGACAAGUUUCAGCAAUUUGAUGUCGUUCUGAGUGGGACAAUUCCUUUCCCAAGAAGACAUGCUAAGUUUUUGCAAGCUAGCUGGGGCAUACCAAUCGGUGGAUUCAUCUACCUAGAAUUUACCAUUGAAGCAGGAGGAUUCUUUGACAUGGAGAUACCAGUCUCUGUUGGCCUCGUGUCCAUGAAAGCACAGGGUGGCAUAACACCUAUGGUGGGUGCAUAUGCACAGGCUACUGUUUCUAUUGGAUUCAUCCUGUAUGGUGAGAUGCAACUGACUGCUGAUAUUCUACACACUAGCUUCCCGACUGUGGCCGAGAUUCUCUUCUCCAAGUUCCCACUGGAUGUUGGAUUGAAGAUGGACAUUGAUAUGAUUCCUCUGGUCAUUCGCCUGAAAGCUUUGGUGACGUUGAAAAUCCCCUUCUUCGGAAGAAAAACUCUGUUCAAGAAGGAACUAUGGCGCUACACAGCUCCUACUAUACACAAAAAUAUAUUUGAUAUUCACACCAAGCAGCCUGAUACAUCACCUCCGGAGAUUGAAGCAUACUCAACACCAGUGGACGCCUCUGGAUCCACUAGGAGGAGUGCAGCAGGCACCAAUCUGUGUGGUGUUGAGCAGGUUCCUGGAUUAGACUACACAGAGCCAGCCUUCCAGCUGGAGAUGGUAGCAGCUGAUGACAAGAGCUUGGUGACGUUCUUCUAUCAGGUUGGGACGGCACCUGGAGGCAGCGAUGUGGUCUCUAAGACAGAGUUUGGUGGACCCUCAGCUAUCAUUUCACAAAUUCUUCUAGGAGGACAUCCUCUUUACUUCACUGUUUACGCCAUGAACAACGGUGGAGGCACUUCCACGGCUACCUGCAGCCUGCCGACCUUUGACAUCACCUUGCCAACGGGUCGCAUCACGCCAGACUUCACCUCCACCAGUCACCCGUACAUACUCCGCGCAUCGGCCGUGGUGUAUGAUGAUUCCGUCAUCUUGAUGCAGAAGGAAGGGGUUGGGUUAGGCUCUGAAAUCUGGGGCGAUCAGAUUGUAUCAUGGAAUACCAUUGAUAUCACUGAGAGGGAGCACCUUGGAUAUUCAAUCAAUGACUUUCACUACUUCACCGCUGCCAAGAAAGGCCGCCUCAUCUCCAAGCCAACGUCGACCAUCAUCCAUCGCAAUCCCAACUUCUGUGCGCGGGACUGCCUGGCCCUCCCAGAAACCAAAUGUCUGAGUAUCAACUACGACUAUCGGGACUUCACCUGUGAACUGCUGGAGGAGAUUGAGGGUCAUGGGGUCGAAGUUCAUGAGUCCGGACUCUUCACCCAUUAUGAGCGGCUUGGUGUUGGCCAUGCUGUAGAGUUCAAUCACGAAUCACUCCAACUCGUCCACAACAACCUCUACUACUUCAACAUAGAGCUCCUGAACUAUGUGGGGUACGAGAACAUCAUUUCCUCUGUCGGCAUCAUAGCGGACUUCACGACACCAGAGCCGGUGAUCGUGAAUGGGACCAGGGAUGAGGUGGUGCGUGAAGCGUGUGUGGAGUUCACACCAGAGGAAUGGGAGAGACGAUGCAUUGAAGACACACCGUUGGAUAACCAUCGCUAUAUCACUGAUGGUCCUGGUUCUAUGACUGUGUUUAAUGGUCAUGAGGAACUUGUUGACAUGCUGUAUACAAGAAGCAAUACCUUCAUGGCAGCCAACUGGGAAGGUAUCCAUGACAAUGAGACUGGUAUCCAUGGCUACACCUGGUCCAUUGGUAACGCUGUCUGUGAUGAUGAUGUCAGCAUGCAUAUUGAUCCUCAUGCUCAUCUGUUUGAUGAGUCCGAGUGGACCCACCAGGGACUGGUUGUCAAUGUCAAUCUGCCAGAUGGCGCAUAUUACAUCACAGUACGUGCUCUCAACAAGGUAGAGUUUGGCGGUCCAAUGGCACUCACUGUGUGUCACAGCACCCCUCUGAUUAUUGACAAUACUCCGCCCAUCAUUUAUAGCAUCGAUGACAUCACCUAUGACUCGUCCAUUGGUAGAAUUGGAUUGAAGGUUAACGCAACCGAUCCUGAGUCCCAUCUGUUUGAGUAUCACCUAGCAGCAGGCAGGACGCCCAGGGAUAAAUCACUGCGUGAUUGGGAGGCUCACGUCUUGGCUGAACAGCUCUACAUGGACUUUAAGAUACCCAAUGGCAUACCCUGCUGGGUUAAAGUCAGAGCAGUCAACAAUGUUGACCUGCGCACCAUAGACCAUGCUGAUGAGCCAAUUCUCGUAGACGACACUCCGCCAAUCGCAGGAGACUUGUUUGAUGGACCCUACGCUGGUAAAGAUCUCGUGUUUACCAAAGACAGAAAUGAGAUUUGUGCCAAUUGGCACAAUUGGUAUGACCCCGAGUCUGGGAUCUUCUCCUACCUGUGGGCGGUAGGCACUCAGCCUGGCCUGAGUAACGUGGUAGACUUUGUCAAAGUGUCUCGUCGAGAGCACGGUGCCUGCUCUGGCUAUGUGACCCUGCAGCACGGGGAGAUGUACUACUCAACACUUACAGCCUUCCAUGGUGGAUAUGAUAAACUCAACGUGUCAGCUUCAUCAGAUGGAGUGACUGUGGAUCUGACUCCACCGAUACAAGGCAGUGUCUAUGACGGCCUGCUGCCUGGACCUACAGAUCUAGACUUCUCCUCAAGCCCAGCCACAGUGGAGGCUCAGUGGCAAGGAUUCUCUGAUCCCGAGUCUGGUAUUGAAGACUACCAGGUUACUGUCUAUCGCAAGCAUGAUGACAGUGCCAAUCACACAAUUGACUUUGAAGUCAUCCAUGAGUCAGAGGCAGUGGGCAUUGAGACAUCCUCCAUUGAGUGGCAUCACUUCCAUCUGCAUCACAAGGACCAGGUCUAUGUCAACCUACGCACCAUCAACCAGGCACUGAAUCACAUCGAUACUCCGACAAAUGGGUUCUUGGUAGACCUGACUCCUCCAAUGUUAAGAACUCUUGGAGAUGGGCUGGUAGUGGGUCAAGAUGCUGACUUCCAGUCGCAUUCUGACAAUCUUGCUGUACAUUGGGACUACUUUGAUGAUGAGUCUGGCAUUGAGUCCUUUGAGUUGGCAAUCUAUGAGAUGAAAGAAGGAAACAAACACAAGAUCUUCCCGAUGGACAAAAAUCCAAAUAGCUUUGAAUUGAUUACUGACAUCACGGCUCGAUCCCAUGUACAAAAUGGGCUGACACUGCAACCAGGGGCCCUGUACGUGACGCGAGUCAAGGCCAGGAACCAGGCCAAACUAGUUGCUUCUCAUGAAACCAGUGGUAUCAAGGUGGAUCCUAGCCCUCCUUUGAUGAGAUAUGUCCGUGGAGGCAAUCUGGAUGGAGAGGUGGAAGAAGUCAUCAAUGAAUAUUUGUAUCAGAACAGUCUCAGCACCAUCCAGGCCUCCUGGCUGGCUGUAGAUGGACAGAGUGGCAUCAAGAGCUACUGGGUGGCAGUGGGAACAGCUCCAAAUUCUGAAGACAUCCAACAUUUCACCUCCCUGGGCUCUAAGAGAAGCUGUGUCCUAUUAGACCUGAAUCUCCAACUAACUGACCCAUCAACAUGCAGUGAUGAGGCAGUCACUGUGGAUUGUCAGCCCGUCUACUACGUUUGUGUCAAGAGUCAGAAUGGCGCAGGAACAUUCAGUGACGUCAUUUGCUCCUCACCAAUCAGAGUGGUGGAGGAAGAUCAGACAGGUUAUGUGACUGAUGGCCCAAGUAUGGUACAGGAUAUAGAUGCACAACAUGAGAAAACAACAGUCUCCAUCUGGUUUGAUGACUUUGAGAGCCAAUUGCAUGGCAUCUCUCACUAUGAAUGGGCAGUGGGUACUACCCCUGGGGGUGAGGACAUCCAACCUAUGACCUCUGAUGGAAUAGUGCCUGGCAGUGAUGACGAUGUGCAAGGAUUGGCAGGCAAAGGCAAGGCCCAGUCCCCUCUGCCCCUCCAGCACGGAGUGUCUUACUACAGCACACUACGAGCCAUCACCAAUGCAGACAAUGUCCUAGAAUCCACCUCCAAUGGCUUCACAGUGGACAUCACUCCACCAGAGAUUAUGAUCACUGACCUGGGCCAGUAUGAUGCAAGCGUAGGCCUGAGCUUAGACGGUGGACUUCACCUGUAUCAGUCUAACACAGACUCCAUCGAUGCCAUGUGGGAUGUGAGUGAAGGAGAAAGUGACAUCAUGACUACCUAUUUCUCCAUGGGUCGCUAUCCAGGGAGUGGAGAUGUCUUCCCUGUGACUGCAACUAAUAAAUCCUACAUUCCAUCAGCGCUGAUGACUCCUGCAAACAUAGGAGUGCCUAAUAUUCUGAGUGUUCAAGCAGUCAACAGUGUUGGGCUGAGGAGAACUGUCUAUGCCACCAGUUUGACCGUAGAUAAUACUCCACCUACUGUUGGACAGGUUCAGUGUCCUGCCUUCAUCCAUGCCAAUAGCGCCCUCUUGUGUAGUUGGACUGGUUUCUUGGAUGCUGAGUCUGGCAUUGAUCAUGUGGUUUUUCUGGUUGGGACGGCCCAGGGACAAAAAGACGUGUUCCAGUCGGAUGAUCUGCCUGGCUACCUCACUCACUACAGUGUUACAGCAAAUCUGAAUCUGAUUCACAACCGAGUCUACUAUGUCACUGUGGAGGCCUUCAAUGCUGUCAACCAAAGCACAAUGGCAUUCUCUGUCCCUAUUGAGAUUGAUGAUACACCUCCAGCAUACGGCCUUGUAGUGGAGCUAUCUGGUGUGUAUAGCUUCAAUUUCAGUGAUGCUGUGAACCAACCAGAAUGGGAGUGUGCAAGCGAAGAGGAAUGCUUGAGCUUGGACAGAGAGUGUCUGGAAUCGCUUACCCAGCUGCAGAUCCUAUGGCAGCCGUUCACUGACGAAGACACUCAGAUCACAAAGUAUGAGGUUGCCCUGGGCACCACACCAGGAGGGUCUCAGAUCAGACCUUUCUAUGAGGUGUCCAAGGACCAGACUUCAGUGCUUAUUACCAACAUUGAUCUGAGUAGCAUUCGUAGAGUCUACGCCACAGUGAGAGGCUACAACGAAGCCGGUCUGACCAGCACCGCCGUGUCCAAUGGCAUCUACGUCAGCCGGUUCAGUGCAGGACUUCAACCUCUCAGACCAUUCCAGGUCAAAGAUGGAGUCACCGAUGUAGACUUGGAAGACUCAGACUUCCAGACCUCGCUGCAUGAGAUGAGUGCAUCAUGGGAUUUCAGCGGGGAUCCGUGCCCAAUGAAGAAGUAUGAAUGGGCCAUUUACAGAAUUGAUGGACAGGAGAUUCAGCCAUUUAUCAACAUUCUCGAGCGAACUUCAGACACCAACACAGACAUUCGAAUGACCGAUGGUGAGACCUACUACACCCUGGUGCGGGCUACUAACGCCCUGGGCCUGGCUGUCACGGUCCGAUCUGAUGGAAUCACAGUCAAGCGUGAUCCCUUGAUACCUGGCCAGGUCUAUGAUGGCCUCUUAGUAGGCUAUGAUUUGACUUACCAGAAGGAGACUGAUAGGAUAUCAGCAAGCUGGAAGGGCUUUGGACAAGGGAUGCCGAUUAAAGAAACUAUCCAUCACACAGGCAAUGCUGAAGUCACCAAAGACCACAUCACAGAGCAAACUGUGGAUUACUACGAGGCCGCAGUUGGAACUGACCGUCGCUACCCUAAGACCAGAGACAACGAAGUGCCCUUCACUUAUGUCGGACAGAACACAACAGUCACUUUCACUAACCUCAACCUCAUGGCACGAGACUCAACGUAUUACGUAACAGUCAGGGGAUAUAGUGCUAGCUUUGCCACAGCUGAGGUGACAUCAACAGGAAUCAAUGUUGGUAUAGACAGCACAGUGCUUGGAAGUGAGGUGGAAGUCCCAGAGUAUGUAAACUCUGUCUCUGAGGUGCAACUCAUGUGGGCUAAAUUUCAAUCCACCUUCCCCAUCCUGCUGUACUACGUUGGUCUGGGUGAACUAUCCACUUCCUCCAUCCUACCUGAAGAUAUGGACUGCCUGGAUAUGCUGUUGGGGACAACGAAGGCCCAGACUACAUUCCAUGAGAGGUCGAUGCAUUUUGUAGGCAAAGAUACCUUUGUGGAGGUCAAGGGUCUGAAUCUGACGCAGGAAGGAUCCUACUAUGUCACUGUUGUGGGAAUGAACGAAGGAGGACAGUGUAACUCCUCCACUAGUUACUUCUCUGUGGAUAUCACACCACCUAUUGAGGGUAGGCUGCGUGUUGGACCUUUCUAUGACAUGCCUGUUGCCUAUACUGACAGUACUGAGUCUGUCUCUGUGGUGUGGGAGGAUUACAGAGAUGAUGAGAGUGGAAUCAAGUCCUACAACCUCCGCCUUGUGCAAGCAGCAUCAUGUAAUGAGGAUGAGGAUAACCUUACUGCGGUAGCCAACCAAGACUGGCUGGUACUCGGCCCAGGCAUUAACGAUUUCACAUUCGUGGACUUGAACCUAAUUACAAACCAGCCCUAUUUUGUUCAGCUGUCAGUCAUUAACCAUGCAGGAGACAGUGUCCUAUCCCAAGUAGGACCCAUCUUUGUUGACUCGUCUGAGCCGACAGCAGGACUGGUAGUUGAUGGAAUGGACUUCAAGAUGGACAUGACAGACAGCGGCGACAGAACCCAAGUUACCGGCACAAUCCUACACUUGCCCAACCCAGAGGGCCCACCCUGUCCACUGAGAGACAUUCCCUUCACUGAUCCACAGUGGUCAGCGAUGGACUUCAAGGGACUCUGGAACAUGAAGAGGGAGCAGUGGGACCUGGAGUAUCAGUCACAGCAGGUACAUGCAUCUGAUGAGAAUGUGAUGCUGAUUAUGGAGAGAGAUACAAGAGGGCCUCGUAUGCUGUCUGGAGCCUACGUCACCAAUGCACAGAUUGUAAGAAGCUCAGAAUAUGAGUUUGACUUGAAAGCUGCCCCACCUGACCUGCACAGUGUGACCAGCAUUCUAUUCUGGGAUGGCCCGGAUGGAGCAAUAGGGGAAUAUGACUUUGGUGGACGGGAGAACUGGCAAGAAGGGAUCUGUCAGUGCUGUUAUGACCAACCCUUCAACCAGUCUAUGUGUCCUCAGUGUGACUGCCAGGAUUUCUUGGGGAUAUUGGAUUCAUCUGAAGACAACUCAACAUUUGCCAGCACCACAAAUAGGUCACUUGAAGCCACACCAACCAACGAGGUCACAAUCAGUAAGAUGACUGAAGUAACCAGCGCUUCAUUGACCACAAUGGGUUCCGUCCCUUGGACUAUCCAGAAACUGGACGAAGAUGGGGACAGUGUGUCUGAUGAUGAGAGUGGGAGAUGGAUAUCACAACGAGGUUGCGGCAUCCAACUCUAUCCAAAUGGUAGUGCAUCUCAAGCUGUUCUGUGGUGUCGUUAUUUGAAGGAUGCCUGGCGAAUGACAUCGGAGGUCAUAGAUCUUGACUUUGAUCCAUCAAUAGAGGAGCAUCAUUUCUCAGUCCACAUCAGAGUCAUGCCGUUUGAUGCAAAUGAGGAUGAAUGGUCCUUUGAAGUGUACGUUGAUGGUAAACUCCUCUCUUCACUGACUGGCAUACCAGUCCUGUCCUCAUCUACUAAGCUCAUCCUUCAUGUCUUCAAUCGAGACAGCUACAUCGCUGAGCUACAAGACCCCUUCAAUCCUCCAGCUGUUGCAGCAACACUUAGAAAUUUGAGGAUGUCGCCUGAUCAGAGCAACCUGUGUCGUUACGGAGCACCAUUCAGGGCUGGAACCAGUCCUGUCUCACGCUACUUUGCUGGUGUUGGCUCAGUAGCAGGAGCCACAGAUAUUGUGCCAUUUGAAGAGAUUGUCAGGCCAUGCGUUCCUUGCAUCCAUCCGUGUGAUCGUUACCAGUGUGAUCCCUCAUGUUCCCUGGAUGCUGUUCCCAUCACCUUCACAUUGACCAACCUGACUCUGCCAAGACUGGAGCUAUCCAAUACCACCCUUGACAACGAGGCUAAUGCAACAACGCCACCUUCAAACCAAGAUGAGGGAUCACUCCCAUUCUUCCUGACAGUGAAAACUUUCUUAGGAAAUGGGAAAUCGGUGUCAGCAUCCUCCAAUGGUUUCUACAUUGAUGACACACCACCAAAGCUGGAUCUCUUUUUCUAUUUGGAUGUCAAUCUUAACCAGUCUGCGCCAACAUCAUUCCAGUCUUCAGACUCUACCAUCAGUGUGCUGUGGAGUUUCAUCGACAUGGAGAGCAUGGUCAAGGAGCAUCACUGGGCGAUAGGAACAUCCAAAGGGGCAACAGACUUGCAAGACUUUGUCAACAUUGGGUUGAACCAGACAGCUACUAACAGUGGUCUGACGGGAUUACUGCAUCACAACACUACAUACUAUGUGACUCUGAAGGCUAUCAAUGGAGCAGGCUUGGAAACCAUAGUAGAAUGUGAUGGCGUGACUGUCCUUAUGGAAGAGCCAACUGCAGAUGAUGUCAACACCACCUCCAUGUUUAGCAAGAAGUUUGAGGAGGAUGUUUACCCACCCGAUGUGGAGAAAAGCGAAGACCCAACAAAGACUGGUACCUCCUGGUCCAAACCACAGGAUGAGUCCAUUAAUCGCUACGAAUACUGUGUGAGUAGUUCAGCGUCGCUCCUAGAUGAUGUUGUGCCCUGCAUGGUGGUUGGAGGCAACUCCUCUGGCUCAGUAACCAUAGAGGAAGGAAUGAUCAUCGUCCGUGCUGGUGACAAUGAAGAAAGGUUCAACAUCACUGACUUCAAGGCACCAAAGGACUCCAGCCAGGGGGAAGUGAUUGAGAAAGCUGCCAAGUUCAAUAUGGAACCUGGGAAGUCCCUGUAUACCUGGACAAAGAUGUGCAACCCAGCUAUGUUAUGUGUCACAGUAUCAGCAGGAACUACUAUGGUGUUAGGAGACAGUGAUAUGAUGAUGACAUCACCCAAUGGCACAGACCUUGUUCUGGCAUCACCAACAAGCCAGAGGAGGAGGAAGAGGGCCAUUGAUGAAAACCACUUUGAUUUCACUGUGGCUACAAAGGGAGGUCUGCACCAGGGUGGUUCACUCAUCCUAGGUCUGCUGGAUGUCAAUAGAACCAACCAGGAAUUCACAUCGGAUGCUGCCCUGGAUUAUAAACCAUACAUCACCAAUCCACUCUACACCAUCCCGUAUACAUCAAGACUGCUUAGACACAGGAUACGUUUUGUGUAUGAGCCAACCUACUAUCUCACCAGUCUUGGUCAGACAGAGUUGCAGGGACCAUUAAUGAUCAACAUGAGCCUAAGCUCACCGGGAAACUGGACAGAAGCAAAACCUAGACUUAUCUACUGGGACAAAGAUCACUCUAAAUGGCAAGAUGCAGCUAAGACAUGCAGUGAUGUGGAUCAAAUUACAUACCUUGAUGAUGGGAACCAAGUCAAUGUUCAGGUUUGUUCCACACAGGCUCCAGCCUUGUCAUCCUCAGAGCCAGGUCGCAAGCGACGUGCUUUGCAAGAAGAGUCGAUUCCUUCCAACACGACAUACUUCAGCCAUGAGACUCAUUUUGCAUUGGCUGUUGUCUUAGAUUCCAUCCCCAAUAACCCACCAGUUAUCACAAACUUGGUAGAGAAUAUGUUCAUGAAUGAGGAUGAAGGAACUCUGUCGUACACAUUCCAGGCCACUGAUCUUGAAGAUGACAUUUUGGUCUUUGAGCUUGGUAGUCACAGUGACAAGCAAGGUACAGCAAUGAUCACAGAGACCGGUGACUUCAGCUAUACACCUUGUACUGAUUGCUACGGUACUGUCACUCUGCAAAUCACUGUGAGGGAGGUACAGACAUUCCAUGAGAUAGAACCUCUAUCUACCACUGUCAAUCUCACCAUUGAAGUCCGACCAGUCAAUGAUAAUCCUGUGUUAUACAGUGCACAUAAUGGCCAAGUUGUUGGCAAUGGACGCAUUGCUUUGUUAACUGUUGAGCAGAACACAGGGACCAAUGUUGCCUACAAGGAUCUGAGUGCUGUGCUAGGAGCAUACGAUGUUGACACCAAUGAUGAACUGACCAUUAUGACCAGGCCCCCGACUUAUGGCACCCUGACACUGACAGGCCAAAACAAGACUGUGCCGUCCAGGCAGAAUUGCAGUGAGCCCUCUGUAGGCAGCGAAGAGCCAGUCAUUCCUUGUGGGAUUGAGUUGCCUCAUAGUGAGGAGGACUUGAGCUGGACGACAUCCACAUUCACCUAUGCUCCAAACCCCAACUAUCAUGGCAGGGAUAGUUUCCUUGUCUUAGCAGAGGACCUGUCUGGAGCCGUGUCUCAGCUACUGGAGGUACAGCUUGCUGUGCUGGUCAACCCUUGCAUCCAUGAGGGGGUCUGCAGAGGACCUGUUGAGGAUCCUGAUUGUACCUCCCCUGUACGUAGCAGUGGGUUCGAAUCCUACUCCUGCCACUGUCAGCCCGGCUGGGUUGGUGACAUCUGCGAGAUUGAUUAUGAUGAGUGCCAGUCCACGCCGUGUGCAUACCCAUACGUCUGCUAUGAUCGCCUCAAUGGAUUUGAAUGCGCUUGUCCAUUGUCUGAUCCACUGUGUGAUGACCUCAACUGGAGAGUCAAAGUUAUAAUAGGUGUGGUAAGCUGUCUGGUUGGUUUGUUCAUCGUUGCUGCUGUGGUCUUCUACUUGUACAAGAAAAAGUACAGCAAAAAAUUACAAAUCCAUCCAUUAGAGGAUGCAGAUGAUGAUCAACUGGUGCCAUACAUAAGUGGCAAUUACACUCAGCAAGCCUUUGACAAUCCUGUGUUUGAAGAUGACAGUGGAGAUCAGACAGAUUCUGACGAGAAAGACGAGCGCCAGGCUAGCCACAGUCAUCCGGAUGACUCUUCAACAGGAAGACCACUCUCUGUCAUCUCAAAUCGCUCUCAAAGCUCCUCUUCAUCAGGCCUCAAGAAGAACAGGCCCUGGUCGGGUCUUGCACGUUCUAAUGCUGUUUCAGAUGCUUGGCCUGCACUGGCUGAAGCUUCCUCCGUGGGUGGUAAAUCAUGUGAUGAACCUCCCCCUGCCAGUCCAACAGUGAGCCCUGCCGAUGCUGAGAUGUGGGCACAGCCAACCAUGCUCAUGAAGAGUUCUGCAGCUCUCAAGAAGGACGCUGAGAUUGGUGAUCCAGAGCAGAUGCAGAUGUUCCAAAAGAGGACUCCGCCAACUACCACAGAGGAAACCCCUAACUGUGUAACAGAGCUUCCAGGAUCCCUUGUGAGCUUCACAGAUGAUGCACAACUCAAUGACGUCAACGAAACAGUGAUGUAAUGAUGCAACACAAAUAUCUGUUUACCCUCUGCACUAAAGUUAUUGUAGCAUUUCAGUGAAGAUCAUCUGCUAAGAUUGGACUGAAUAUCUGAAUUUUUAAAUAAUUACCUUACUAAAGUACAUAUCUGGAAAGGAUAUUGGAUGUUGUAUCUUACAAACACAAGCAAAAGGCUUUUAACAUGUUCACGACUAUUUUUAAAGUAUAAGCUUGGAUUUGCACAAGCAUCGUGCAUGUCCCCUGAAGCCCCAUGUCACAGAAAACCGAAAUCAGUUGAAACUGACACAAUUGUCCUGAUUUAGUUUUCCCCAAGGAAGUGGGCAGCAAGUUUAAUUAGCCGGCCAUAAAUAUGCAUUAAUUCAUACUUUGAAACACAUUUCCAUUAAUUUGGCAAUUGGUUCUAGUAACAUGAUGUGUAUCUUUUUUAUAGUGUUUUCUCUGUUUAUGCAAGAGUUCCUGAAGUUGCCUAGAUAAUGAGUUCGUCCUCAGACAAAAACUUAACUAUGAACUUAACUAUUUUUUGUUAACUCUUUUUAGGGUCUGCCAUAAUUAGGCACGAAAUCGCAAGUGCAAACAAAUUUCUUAUGAUUUGGCAAGUUUUUCUAGCAUAGACUUGUUGUUUUUUUUACUAUUUUCUGUGUGUAAUCAAGAAAGUUUUCGAGUUGCGUAGAUAUUAAGCUUAGACAAAAGAUUGGCUGAGCUUUUAUAUUUGAAGGUUUUUACCCAGAUUAUAUUCACUCUUGUUAUAAGUACUUUUGCUAAUGUAAUGAUUUUAAUGAAGUUUGCAGUGUGAGUGACACCCUUUAUGAAACCUGAAAAUAUGAAAUUGGUAGUUCCAUGGUGUUGGACGUACAUUUUGGACAAUUCAAAAGUGUGCAUAAUAAAUGUUAUAAUCAUAGAGUGGAUUUUAAUUAUGAAAAAAAAGUCUUAAAAACGUCUAGUUACUACAGUGAUUUUAAAAUUAAAUUCUUCAUCCAUCAUUUUUUGCCGUACUAAAAAUAUCGACUCGAAACACCAUGGUGUCAGACGUCUCAGACAAAUAGAUGUUUUUGUGUACUUUUGUCAAUAAAAUAACAGCUGAACUGUUGAACAUUGUUAGAAAUAAGCUAUAUUUCAGUGAAAUACAGCUAGUAAGCUUAAUUACUGUUAAUGUACCCUCAAGGAGACAUUAUUUCGUCAUAAGUUAUACCUUAGGGAGACACCGGACAUUAGGGAGACAUUUCAAUGUCUCCCUCAUGUUACAACUCCAAUUUAGAGGCUCAUGGUCCAAAACGUAAAUAUACCAGAAUUCAUGUGGGUAGGAUAAGGGAAAUUGGGGUAUUGGGUCAUUGAAGUUGGAAACCUUUUGACAAUGUGCACAAACCCUAUGGGAAUAUCCCCCAAAGGUACCAUUCCCCGUAAUAAUAAAAAUGAUGUAUAUGAUUCAUUGCUGGCAUUUGGAUAAUUGAAGUUUUUUUCAUUGAGACUUACAAUUCUGUGGAAUUGCCCAAAUGUCAACCUGAAAGAAUGUAAGCAAUGUGGUUUUAUAACUUUACGUGAUCACACAGGUAUGCAUGUCGAUUUGUUGCUAUAAAAAAAUAAUAACCAAGAAAAGAACCUUUAUUCUUCACCAAAUGUACACUUUUGUAUUUAAGGUGAAGAAUAACACGACAGAAUAUAUUUAGGUUCUUGGACUUUUGUAUGUCCCCCAGGAAACGGAAUAUACAAAGGUAUGAAGGAGGCCGAUAUAUGAUGAUCGAGAAACCAAUCCUCAUCAAUUAAUCCCCUAUUUUGUUGCGAAGACAUUUGUUAAUGAGAUUCCAAAUUCACAGAUCAGCUACAAAAAUUAAAGUGACUUCUAGCCCUGAAUGAUAUUUUUGAGAGCUGUUCAUAAGUUUUUAUUGUUAUGUUAGUGUAGUGUCCGAUCACAUUAAUACCCAGAUUUCCUUUGGAAAUGAAUGAAGUGUCCAAUGUAUGGUACUCAGAUUGAGAGAAUAAAAUUUGUUUCUGCAAAUAUUCCUAGUUAACGUGCAGUCUGUUUGUUGUAGGCACAACUGGGAGCCAGGAUUUUGACCAUCGUCUGACUAGAGGCGUUUGCAAGUUGCUGAUAGUGCGCAGGCGCAAGUUACGUCACAA